UCAGCCACAGCAAAAACAAAAACAACAACAACAACCAACAACAAUCAACUUCCCUAUUUAACCACUGCAAAUGUCUAUCACUUUCUCAUCAUCUCAACAACAACAACAACCAAUCACCAUCACCAACAACAGCAACAACAUCUUAACUGGAACAACAUCACUAACCAAAUCAAAACCAUCAUCAUCAUCAAAACCAACACUCAAACUGAGAUCUCAACCAAACAACAAUCGAUCACUACUACUCACAAGAUGUGACUCACCAACGGCCUGGUUGAUCUACUACUUCGCCUUCAACCUCGGCCUCACCAUCUUCAACAAACGAGUCCUCAUCUCAUUCCCAUUCCCAUGGACACUCACUGCCAUCCACACCCUAGCCGGAACCAUCGGAUCUCAACUAGCCCAUGCCCAAGGACUCUUCUCAGCCGCAAGACUCUCAAGAAAUCAUAACAUCAUCCUCAUCGCCUUCAGCAUCCUCUACACCGUCAAUAUCGCUGUCUCCAACCUCAGUCUACAUCUCGUCACCGUACCAUUCCAUCAAGUCGUCAGAGCUACCACCCCACUCUUCACCAUCAUCCUCUCAAUCAUCUACUUCAACAAAUCCUACCCAUUCGAAACCUAUCUUUCACUCUUCAUCGUCGUCCUAGGGGUCGGACUAUCGACCUAUGGCGACUACGGCUGGACCUUACCCGGCCUACUCUUGACCUUACUAGGUACCAUCCUAGCCUCCUUCAAGACCGUCGUCACCAAUGUGAUCCAAGUCGGCAGACUGAGACUCAAUCCGCUCGACUUGCUCAUGCGCAUGUCCCCGCUCGCCUUCAUCCAAUGUCUACUCUACGCCUAUCUCACCGGCGAGAUCGAGAGCCUCCAUCAUUUCGCUCAUCAACAACACUUCGAUCGCCGUAAGGUCUUUGCUCUCAUCAUCAAUGGAAUCAUCGCCUUUGGCUUGAACGUCGUCAGCUUUACUGCCAAUAAGAAAACUAGCGCACUGACGAUGACCGUGGCUGCUAAUGUCAAACAAGUCUUGACGAUCCUCUCGGCCAUCUUGAUCUUCAAACUGGUGAUCACUCCCAUGAACUUACUCGGGAUCCUGAUCACCUUAAUCGGAGGGGCAUACUACGCCAAGAUCGAGCUGGAGCGGAAAUAUUCGAACAAGAAGGCGGAUGAUGUGUUGAUCAUUCCUAGUCACACAUACCAUCCUCUACAAGAUCGAAUGAACCAUCAAGCCGAAGACGAAGACGAGGAAGAUAAUCGGAAUAGUUAUCAUCAUCAUCAUCAUGAUAAGAAGAAGCUGAUGGAUCAAGAGGAAGCGCCAGGCCAGGAAGAUCGGGACGGGCUUUCGAGCUCGGGCUCGCUCGACAAGAUCAACUUCUCCUCCGCCCAUCCGCUCCAGAUCAACACCCUCCUCUCCAAACAACGCGCGUUCAAUCUCUCCGGCUCGGCUAGAGAGCUCGAGGAAGGCGCACUGCCCUCUACCACCGACCCGCCGAUCCUCAACAUCAUCAGUCCGAGAUAAUCCUUAUGCAAACACUCUCUUGCUCUCUCUCUCUCACUGUGUGGUAGUCACCUCUUGCACCCCUUUUAUCUUUUUGCUCCGCGGUUCGGCUUCCU